AUGCGACAUCUCGCCGCAUCGUCCGACCGGAUCAACAUCACAUUGUUCUCAGUUCAUUGCGAUGGAUGCUGUUAUGACAAACGGCUCGGAUGCCCCCCCCUGGGCCUCCCCUCGACCCCAUCGAACGUCCCCCGACACCACCACCACCUCCUCCCGAAGACUCGGGAGCUCCCGCCGCCACCACCAGAUGCUGGCGCACCUCCACCUCCUCCAGAUGACAUUCCUCCUCCCCCGCCCGUGGAGACAAAGAAGAAGAAGCAAGGAUGGGGUGCGAAAAAGCCCUCUGCAGUGCCUUUGAGUGUAGAGGAUCUGAUCCGCAAGAAGCAAGAGGUGGAUGCGGCUUCUGCAAAGCCAAAGUUCUUAUCUAAAGCGCAACGAGAAAAGCUCGCGCUGGAGAAGCGCGCUAAGGAAGUAGAGGCCGAGCGACAAGCGAAGAAGGCACCUGCGACUGGCGUUGAUCGCAAUGGAUUCUCAACUGAGCAACACCCAUCAAAACCCGAGCAGAAAUACCCAGAGAAAAGAGAUUCGAAUGGACAAGUACCAACUGGACCUCGUGCCAUGCGCAGCGAGCGUCAGUCUGGACCUGGACCCUCCCGAAACGGACAACAAUCACGAGGACAAGAUAAGGAAUCAGCGAAAUCAAAGAACGCGAAAGCCGACAAACGUCUUGCAGAGGAAGACGAAGCCGAGGCACAAGCGUCGCUCGUCAAGAAGCAAUAUAUGGGAGCUGAUCAAACCUCCACAUUUUCCGCCAAGAAGAAACGCAAGCGCACCACAGAUCGCAAGUUCAAUUUCGAGUGGAACAUCGAGGAAGAUACAAGUGGAGAUUACAAUCCCCUAUACCAGCACCGACAUGAAGCGAACUUUUUUGGCAGAGGCCGACUCGCAGGAUUUGGAGAAGACAUGGCAGACGAUGUGGCGCGCAAGUAUGCUGACGCCUUGGUAACUCGGGACCAGGAGUCGGGUAGCAUUCGCGCGAAGGAGAUCAUGGAGAUGGAACGCCGUCGUCGUGAGGAAGGCUCGCGUCAUCAGAUCGAUAAGCACUGGAGUGAGAAGAAGUUGGAGCUCAUGCGCGAGCGCGACUGGCGUAUCUUCAAAGAAGAUUUUAAUAUCGCUACCAAGGGUGGCAGCGUGCCAAAUCCGAUGCGGUCUUGGGAAGAGAGUCUCUUGCCGAAGCGCUUGCUGGAGCUGGUCGAUCGCGUUGGAUACAAGGAACCCACUGCGAUCCAACGUGCCGCUAUUCCUAUCGCCAUGCAGUCGCGAGAUCUUAUCGGUGUGGCUGUCACCGGUUCCGGUAAAACCGCUGCAUUCCUACUGCCACUUUUGGUAUACAUCUCAGAGCUGCCACGACUAGACGAGUUCGAGUGGCGCAAAAACGACGGUCCCUACGCCAUUGUUCUCGCACCGACUCGUGAAUUGGCGCAACAAAUUGAAAUUGAAGCCAAGAAGUUUACCCAACCGCUUGGUUUCAACGUCGUUAGUAUUGUCGGUGGUCACUCAAUCGAAGAACAAGCCUUUAGCCUCCGCGAUGGUGCAGAAAUCAUCAUCGCUACCCCAGGUCGUCUAGUCGACUGCAUCGAGCGUCGCAUGCUCGUCCUCAGCCAGUGUUGCUACGUCAUCAUGGAUGAAGCAGAUCGCAUGAUCGAUCUCGGUUUCGAAGAACCCGUCAACAAGAUCCUAGACGCCCUCCCCGUAUCGAACGAAAAGCCCGAUACCGAAGAAGCCGAAAACUCGCGCGCCAUGAGCCAACACAUCAGCGGACGAGACCGUUACCGCCAGACAAUGAUGUACACAGCCACCAUGCCCGCAGCCGUCGAGCGUAUCGCGCGCAAAUACCUUCGUCGCCCAGCAAUCAUCACCAUCGGUGCUAUCGGCGAAGCCGUCGACACAGUCGAACAGCGAGUCGAAAUGAUCCCCGGUGAAGACAAGCGUAAGAAGAGACUUGCAGAGAUUCUUUCUGCGGGAGACUUCCGUCCUCCAAUCAUCGUUUUCGUCAACAUCAAGCGAAACUGUGAUGCUAUUGCUCGCGAAAUUAAACAUAUGGGCUUCUCGUCUGUUACCUUGCACGGUUCCAAGACGCAAGAUCAGCGUGAGGCUGCCCUGGCCUCUGUCCGUAAUGGUUCGACCGAUGUCCUUGUCGCUACCGAUCUGGCUGGUCGUGGUAUCGAUGUCCCUGACGUCUCACUUGUCGUCAACUUCAACAUGGCCACCUCGAUCGAGAGCUACACUCACCGUAUCGGUCGUACUGGUCGUGCGGGUAAAAGUGGUGUGGCUAUUACGUUCCUGGGUGGCGAGGAUUCGGAUGUUAUGUACGAUCUCAAGCAAAUGCUUAUGAAGUCACCUAUCUCGCGUGUUCCGGAGGAAUUGCGCAAACAUGAGGCUGCGCAGUCUAAGCCGAAUCGUGGACAGGCAAAGAAGAUUGAGGAUAGCUCUGGGUUUGGAGGUAAGGGUGGUUGGGCGUAA